AUGAAGUUCAUCACUGUCGCUUUUUUCACACUUCUCACCGGCGCGCUGGCCGCACCGCAGGCUGGUGUCCUCUCCGACGAUGAGAAGCGCGACGUCGCCGCCCGAGGCUUCGAUGGCGCCGCGGUGCAUGAGGUGGACGGCAGGCACGUCGGCGACGCUGUCGCGCUUGAGGGUCGCGACUUCAAUGCUAAGGAGGAUGGCGAAUUAGAGACUCGCGUGCCCAAGAAGAAGAAGGGCAAGGGCAAGGGCAAGAAGAAGGGUAAGGGCAAGAAGGGCAAGGGCAAGAAGAAGGCAGCCAAGGCAGCCACUACCACCGCAGCCGCUGCUGCUGCGAAUACUGUCGUGAACACUGCCGCGAACUAG